GCGCAACCGGGCCAGUUGGCGCAGCUGGGCUACGCCGACCCGCGCUUCUACCACGGCAUGAUGCCGACGCUGCCGGCCAUGGCCACAGCGAACCGCAUCGCCGAUGCCAGCCCGCCCGCCGCCGAGCAGCCACCCGCCUCCGUCGCGAGUGCGAUCGCGGCCGCAAAAAGCGCGGCCCCAAAAAGCGCGGCCCCAAAAGGCGCGGCCCCGCCCGCGCUCGCGCCGUCGGCGUCCGCCGAGUCUGAGGGUGUGGACGAGGGGGCGGCGGCGGCGCUUCGCGCAUUGGCUGGCGCCGGCGCUGGGCUCGCGGCGGACCGGUGGCAGCCAUCGGCGGGCGACGUGAUGUUGCUCGAGCGCGUCUUCGAGAUGGAGCCGCUGCCGUGCCGCGCCACCCGCGAGCAGCUGGCGACGCACUUCAGCAUCACCUCGCGGCAGGUGCAGGUCUGGUUCCAAAACAAGCGUCAGCGCGUGCGCGUGCGGGCGGCCCGGGACGGCGAGUCCGCGCUCGACGGCUUGGUCGCACUCUUUGACCCCGCGGCGCGCGUGGCGCGGACGACCAGCGGUGGCCGCGAGAUCUACCAUCUCAAGACGGCCGCGUCAGGCGAGGGGGGCAGCGAGCAGGGCGCCUCGAGCGGGUCGGACUUGGUCAAGGCGGCGCCAGCCUCCGGCGAGAGCGCCGACGGCGCCUCCGAGCCCGGGGGGGGCUCGGGUGGGUCUAGCUCUGAGGGCUCCGGCGAGGAGGGGAGCUCGGAUGAGUCGAGCUCAGAAUCGGAGGACGACGACGAUCGCGAGCUGGAGGCGCCAGCUUUGUUGGACGGGGGCGACAGCGAGCAGUAA